UCAAGUGCGUGUCGUGCGCGCGCGCGCGCGUGCACGUUAUGUGUGCGUGAUAGGCGAAGUAGGGAAGGCGCCGACCACUGUCGAUUAGUAUCUGACUCCCAGUCUUUCCCAAUCCACUGGCUGCGUGCGAUAUACGCAAAAUCAUCGUCGUACACUAGAGACGGAGAUUCCAAAAGCCAAGAAAGAUGUCUGAAAUAGAUCCAGAAGUGCUCAAAGUAUUCGGCUUUUGGGGCAGCAUCCUGGUCGUGAAAUUGAUGGCGAUGGCACCGUUAACUGCACGGCAGCGAUUCCGAAAGCAUGUAUUUGCAAAUCAGGAGGACGCUUCGCUCGGAGGAAAGGAGGGCAAAGUGGUGUACAAUGAUCCAGACGUGGAGCGUGUACGCAGGUCGCACUUGAACGAUCUGGAGAACGUUCUGCCUUGGUUCAUAAUGACGUAUCUCUGGCUAGGAACCGGACCUUCCCCAUGGUUGGCGAAAACCCUGAUACGGACCUUCGUGAUUUCACGUAUCUCCCAUACCAUGUCGUACGCCGUUUUUCCACAACAACCUUUAAGAGCGAUAUCUUUCUUCGUUGGAUUAGGAGUUACGGGCUUCGAAGCGUUUAAGACAUUAAUGUAUUACUCGUAAUUUUUACGUAAAUCUCUAAAAUCAUCAAAUCUAAGCGUACAAUGUGAUGCAAACACAUGUAUACAAUGAUGAUAUAUUUUCUGUGGACUUGGGGAUAAAUGUUUUUUUUAUACAGAGA